CUCAAAUAAGAAAGAAGACAGAGUGGCUGUGUUUCGGGGUAAUUUUUAGUCAUUUAAGUUGUGUUAUUAGCUGUGUUACAGUGAACACAGGCAGACAUGUACCGCUGCAUGGCAAGGAGUGUGUGUAGCAGAGGAAGAGUGUGUGCUGCCUUUGUGCCUCCACACACCCAGCCACCAUUAUGGACAUUGAGAAACACGACAGAGGAGGGACAUCACAGGCUGGCUGAGCGGCGUUGGCAGUGUUCAGUCCGCUGUAUGAGCUCUGCAGUCAGGAGGAGAGCUCUGCGUAGUGCCUUCCCAGUGCUGGAGCAGCCCCUCCAGCCCAUCCACCAACAUGUGUAUGAAGCCAACCUCCGAAACAGCAACACCUGCCAUAAGAAGUUCAUAGAGUUGAGUGAAAAGGUGAGAAAAGGUGGAGGGGAAAAGAGCAUUGCCAGACACACUCAGAGAAACAAGAAGUUGUUGGUCAGGGAUCGGCUGCGCCUCCUGCUGGAUGAUGAGGACUUCCUGGAGCUGUCACCAUUAGCUGGUCUGGGUCUGCCGUACGGGGACAUCCCUUCAGCCGGCUGCCUGACUGGCAUUGGCAGGAUCAACGGCCUGUGGUGUGUGUUUAUUGCCAAUGAUGCCACAGUGAAAGGUGGCACGGCGUAUCCAAUCAUGGUGAAGAAGCAGCUACGGGCACAGGAAGUAGCGCAACAAAAUCGUCUGCCUUGUGUUUACCUGGUUGACUCUGGAGGAGCUUUUCUACCACUGCAGUCAGACAUCUUUCCUGAUAGAAAUCACGGAGGAAGGACGUUCUAUAAUGAAGCCAUCAUGUCUGCCAUGAAGAUCCCACAGGUGUCAGUGGUGUGCGGGUCGUGCACGGCGGGUGGGGCUUAUAUCCCCACAAUGGCAGAAGAGACAGUGAUGGUGCACCGGAUAGGGACUAUAUUCCUGGGUGGACUGCCACUUGUGAAGGCCGCCACGGGAGAGGAGGUCACACCAGAAGACCUGGGAGGAGCCACGCUUCACGCUGAGGUGAGUGGCUGUGUGGACCAUUUUGCCUGGGAUGAAAAACAGGCUUACCAUGACACCAGAAACAUCAUGUCCACCCUCAACUUCCAACUGCCUGAGGAAGAGGAUGAGGAUGAGGAGAAGACGAGGAAGAGGAAAGCAGAGGAGGAGCCGCUGUACAGUUCAGAGGAGCUUCUGGGGCUGGCUCCCAGAAGUUAUAACCACAGUCUGGAUGUUAAGAUGGUAGUCAGUCGACUGACAGAUGGGAGCCGCUUCCAGGAGUUUAAAGCUCGCUAUGGAACCACACUCAUCACCGGCUUUGCAAAGAUACAUGGCCACCUGGUGGGAAUAGUAGCCAACAACGGAGAGCUGUCGUACCAAGCUGCACUGAAAGGAAGUCAUUUUGUCCAGUUGUGUGACCAGAGAAAUAUUCCCCUCAUCUUCCUUCAGAACACAGCACCCACAGGAGCUCUAACACUCUCCACAGCACAGGCAGAGAUGAACAGUAACCGUCUGAAGGCUCAGGGUUCAAUGAUGUCAGCAGUAGCGUGUGCCUCAGUCCCCAAAAUCACUGUGGUGAUUGGUGGUUGCCAUGGUGCCGACAGCUACACCAUGUGUGGGCGGGCAUUUGACCCUAAUUUCCUGUUCCUGUGGCCCAAUGCUAGAGUGUCAACGACAGCUCCGGGUCAUGCCGGCUCUCUGCUUCCCCCUGACAGUGAGCAGGAGGAGGAAGAGAGGAAGAAGGAGGAGGUCAAGUUAAAUAAGAGAUUGGAGGAAGAGAGCUCCGCUUUCUUCUCCACCGGCCGGCUCUGGGACGAUGGAGUCAUUCUGCCUCAGGACACCAGGAAGAUUCUCAGAGACUGCCUGGACAUCAUCAAACAGCAGCAGUAUGAGCUCUCCACAGAGAAACAGCACUCGGCACUUCUACGUAUAUAGAGGCUGCGUUCUUUCUUUUCCUUACUUCCUCUGGAUGCUACAAAAAUCCAUGUAUGUACUGAGCUGCUGGUGCUGUAGGCACCAAGAGGAUUCACACCAAACUCUUGUGGGUGCUAAUGAGCAAUAUCCUAAAAGUAAAUAAAAGAGAGUCUGAACACCUUGAAUAACAAAAAUUUAGUACAACUCGUUGCUGGUCCUCUAAUCUCAUAUUUGGUAAAGUGACUGAUGAAUUAAACUUUGGAGGUUUUAACAUUCUCCAUUUAUUGUAUAUUUUCUUUCAGUUUGGACCCACACUAAAACAUCUAUGCUCUUGGUUUGGGAGAAGUUGAUUAAAAAAUGGAAAUUUA